CCCGGUGGCCAUAGGCAGUGUCUGGCAUUCAGUUCUUUUUUGGGACAAACCAUUGAUGUAGAGAGGGGGAAUUGCGUCAAUGCAGGGGUCACGGGCAGCCACGGUUCAUUUUUCUUCUUACUGCCGCGCCUGCUUCCUCCGCACCCCACGUUCCGUGGCCGUUCUUCUUCCGCAGCGGGGCCGUUUCUCGCCUGAUCGGCUUGCUGGAGCGUUGGUCCAGUCCAAAGGGCAAUAGAAGGGACAAGAUGGAGAUGGCGGCGCGGCUGUUUAUGGGGUCCCUCUGAAGGCAACUUCCCUUCCGGACGGCGGGUGAUGUCGGAUUCGGAGUCGGAAGAAGAAUGCGGCAACAGGCAGCUCAAGUUCGUGCUGUUGGGCGAUGGCGCGUCCGGAAAGACCUCCUUAGCUACUCGUUUUGUUCACGAUACUUUUGGAAAGCAAUACAAGCAAACCAUAGGACUUGACUUCUUUUUGAAAAGAAUAACACUCCCAGGAAAUAUAAACGUUACUCUUCAUGUAUGGGAUAUUGGAGGCCAAACAAUAGGAAGCAAGAUGCUGGACAAAUAUAUCUAUGGUGCACAGGCUGUCCUUUUGGUGUAUGAUGUUACCAACCAACAGAGCUUUGAAAACUUAGAAAAUUGGUACAGUGUUGUAAAGAAGGUCAACGAAGAGUCAGAAACUCAACUACAUGUAGCCCUUGUAGGUAAUAAAAUUGAUUUGGAACAUCUACGGACAGUAAAAAUUGAUAAACAUCUUCAAUUUUGCCAGGAAAGUCAUUCUAGCAAUCAUUUUGUAUCAGCGAAGACCGGCGAUUCUGUGUUCCUGUGUUUUCAAGGAAUUGCAGCUAACCUUGUUGAUGUCAAAUUAAACAGAGCAGAAAUAGAGCAAUUGCAGACUAACACCAAUCAUAUCUGCUAACCCGCAUUGGACCAGCAUGGCAGAUUCUUUCCACGUGCCAAUACAUCCUCAUUCCUUGGAGGACCUAGGACAACUACCUAUGGCAGCAAGAAGACCUGUCUGAAGGCAGAGGGUGCCAAGAAUCUUCGGGUUAAAUCAAGCUGCCUUUGAACUUUAAACGUAUUGUGUUUCCCCAAAAAUAAGUCCUGGUCUUAUUUUAUUUUUUUCCCCCUCCAAAAGAGGCACCAGGUCUUAUAUUCAUUUGUGUGUGUGUGUGUGUGUGUGUGUGUUUGUGUGUGUGUGUGUGUGUGUGUUUUCCACUUACCUCGCAGCAGUGGCACCGACAGCCCCGCCCAGCUGGCCCACUUCUUCUGCGGCCAAAGGUGCAGCUUCAUUCUGCAGCUGAGUAUGGAGCUUGGCCUGCAUUUCACAGUCAAAGGCCUUUCUGGAAGGCAUCUGCAACUGCAAAGCAAGCUAUGGAUCCAUAGCUCGGUUCUUGGCUGCAGAUACCUUCCGGAAACGCCUCUGACUGCAAAAUGCAGGCCAAGCUCCAUUCUCAGCUGCAGAAUGAAGCUGUUUCUUCUGGUGAGGCAAGUAUCGAUCCUUGGGAGGCCUGGCUACAAUGGUAAGCUCUACCCCGCCAUACCCUAAUUUGAUUUUUUAGGCAUGCACCUUGCCUGAAAACUAGGUUUUAUUUUUGGGGUAGGGCUUAUAUUAGGCCCAUCCCCAAAAAUUAAACUAGGGUUUAUUUUUAGAGUAGGUUUUACUUUCGGGAAAACAUGGUAGGAAUGGUCAACAUUUGAAAAAUAGAAAUGGAUGUUUGUCUAGAAGAACUGCUGAUUGAACUCAAUAAUAUGCAUUGGGAUAUCAUUGGAUUAUGUAAAACACGACAAAAGUGAAAAUUUAAUUGAACUUGAUAGGAAUAUUCAUUUACUGUACAUUAGAGGUACUGGAUGGAUGAUGUGGCAGAGUUGGUUUUCUCAUCAAUCAAAAGCUGAAAGAGGGUAACAUUUGAAAGAAUAUCAGAAUAGCCCAGUGCCUCAUUUAAUUGAACAAACAAUACAAGCUUUAAAUCAUCCAAGCUUAUGUGCCAACAAUAAGCUAUAGUGAUAAUGAGGUCAAAUAGUUUUAUGAUGAUGUGGUCUAAAUUCAAGAUAAAGAAAAAUGCUGAUACAAAAUACUAAUGGGUGACUUUAAUGCAAGAAUAGGAAGGACAACAACUGGAGAAAAAGCAACUGGCCCAUAUGGAACUGUGAAUGAGAUAAUAGACGUGACAAACUAAUAGAUUUUAUAUCAUGAACAUAUUUUACAAGAAAAAGGCUAGAAGAAAAUGGACAUGGAAGAGUCCAUCUGGGUACACAAGUGAAAUUGACUACAUCAUGUCAAGUGAUAAAACCAUAUUCUGCAACUGUACUGUCAUCGGUUGUUAUAAUGUUGGAAGUGACCAUAGAAUGUUACGAGCUAAAGUGAAGGUAGAAUCAAAAAGAGCAUAUGAAAAUGAUAAUAGAUGUCACAAAAAAA